UUUUUUCCCCGUGCCCGCGGCCCGGGCGGACAUUUUUCCGGGCUCACCGCGGCGGCCCGGGACACCGUUCUCGCCGUAAUUACCGCCGAAAUCGCAUGCCGAGCGCGUUUCCGCGCACGGGACCCGCCGCGCCGACCGUUUUUCCUGAAUGAAACGUCGCGGCCGCCGAAACGUGUGUGCGUAUACGAGACGCGACGCCCGCCGCCCGUACACUCGGCCGCCGCCGCCGCACGGGGCCGCCCGCGUUACCGCCGCGCGGGGCUCGCGUCGUGGGCGUUUUUCGCCAGGAGGAGCCGUCCCGUCGGCGGCACGCUUAACCUAUAUGCGCGCGGGAAAGCGGGACCGCGUACGUACGUAAAUAAACGCGACGACGUGACGCACUUGGAGCAGUAGCCUCGCCGACGAUGAUCGCUAUCGACGAGAUGGAGCAGAGGGACCUCCCGCAGGCGUUCCGCCUGCUGGGGGAGAUGAACGCCAACGUCCUCCAGGUGAACCAGCUCGUAGACAACAUGCUGGUUCGCGUGAAGAACGGCGAGAUCUCGACGGACAAGGGCCUGAGCUUCCUGGAGAUGAAGUACCACAUGCUGCUCUCGUAUCUCAUCAACCUGACGUACGUCGUCCUGAGAAAAUGCUCGGGCGAGCGCAUCGAGGGUGACCCGUCGAUCGACCGUCUGAUCGAGAUCAGGACUGUCCUAGAGAAAAUCCGACCAAUAGACCACAAGCUUAAGUACCAAAUAGAUAAGCUCGUCAAGACGGCGGUGACCGGCACCAUCAAUAGCGACGACCCCAGUAACUUCAGGGCAAAUCCUGACGCGCUGGUUGCCAAGCUCGACAGCGAGGAGGAGGACAGCGAUCAGGAGGAGGAUGAGGACGGCGUCAAGUCAACCACGCAGCAGUCCAGGAAGUCUAACGUUUACGUGCCGCCGAAGCUCGCCGCGGUGCACUACGAUGGCGAUGAGACCACGGCAGAAAAGAUUCGCAAAGCUGGCGAGCGAGCCCGUAGACGCGCCGUGUCGAACACGGUGCUGCGAGAACUGAAGGAGGAGUAUCUGGACGCGCCCGUGGAGGACAGUCAGGGCCUGGGUGAAAAGCGAGCGAUUCUGGUGCGCGAAGACAAACGGAAGACCGAGUACGAGGAGAACUACAUGACACGUUUGCCCGUCACCAAGCAGGAGAAGCACAGACGUCGCCAGAUGACGACUCUGGGCACUCUCGGCGACGAGAUUACCACUUUCGGGGAGUCGUCCACCAAGGCCGCCAAGAAGAGAAAAGCUCAGAGGAAGGGCAAGGCUAAAAAGAGUUUCAAGAAAAAACGGCAUCAUUAAGAGCAUGAUGAAGAAACGACUCCGGGACUUUGGACGAAAACCCCGGAGCUUCAUAAGCAUUAACGAUUAAGGUAAAAGGUAAAAAAAAGAAAGAAAAAUAAAUUUACUCGACUUCUUCUUCGAAACAAAAGCAGAUGCCACUAAUACUCGUUAUUAAGUUAAGCUAAAGAUAACAUCGUAACAUCUAGUAAUAAAAAAAAAGACAACGUGUGUCGAUGGUGGAGUAAAAAUAGCACGAUGGUAAUUUAUUACUGUAUAAGACAUACUAAUGGUCGUGUAAUUGAUAAUUCUAGUUAAUAAUGAUUUUAAUCUUUAACUGUUGUCUGAGAGAUCAAUUUUGAUCUGUGGAGUUGAGAAACGAUAGAGAGAGAGAUCCAUCGAGAAUCAGGGGAAAACGGUAUUCCACGCGAGUGUGAAUGCGAUGAGAGGAACAACGUCAAAGUAACGUACGAUGGCACAUACGAGCUUAAUGGAAAUUAUGUGUCGUAAUAGCGUAAAUAUUGUAUCGUAAUGUUGGAUCGAGUAGCAGACUCCAGGAUUGAAAAUUGUGAAGUACACGUAAAAGUUGAAAAAAGCAGAACAUUCCUCUGCUUUAUUUUGAAAUAUUCUCCGGCUAUAUAGAGAUGGAGUGGAGAGAAGGGAGAGGAGGAAAUCAGUAAACAUAGCAGGAGAGACGAUAUUGAAUUAAUUGUUAACGAAGAGCGUAAAAAUCACAAGACAUUCAGAGUAAAAAAAAAAAGAUGCGCAGAAGUCACAAAACUCGAGCAAAAAAAAAACCGUGAAAGAGGAAAACAAAAAGCCAUUCUUUAGGAACUGCACUCGGCGCAACUUCUGAAAGCAAGUUUCGGAAAAGGGGAGGAAAAAAAAGAAGCAAAAAAUGAAAUUUCGUCGAUAUCGCAUGUCUUAGGAUUUUCUCGCUGUCUUAGAGUAGUGAAGUAGUUACUAGUUUUACUAUAUUAUAUGUAUGUUUCGUUUGUGUUUUUCCCCUGGUGAAACUGUUGAGGCUAUUAUAAAACAUUUUGAAUGUGAGUCAUGUUUUUACGUUAAGUCUCAUUUGUCUUAUUAUUAACAAUGUGCUCUUGUGCAUUGUACAUCUGUUGUUUUUGCGUUGGUUUUAAGUCGUUAAACUUAUAUUGAUGGUAAUAUAAGGAUAACACGAGCGUGUCAAAAUUCAAAAUUGUCGUCAUGUUCUCAGAUUUGAUUUCGAUUGACCGAUUUGUUUGAUUUCUCAGAGGGAGAGAGAGGGGGAGCUUGUCACGUCACACUGUAACGGAAAUAGAAAGAACGAAGGGACGAGCGAACGAACGAACGAACGAAGACUUCACGGGCGAAAAUCACUUCUGCAAGCCUGAUACAUAGGAUACUUGUACAAUCAAAUCGCGCGCGCUGGGGGGCCUGACAUGGUGAGAUUCAGAUAAGUAUUUCGCGGAUUCUGGAAAGUUCGAUAUUGAGAUACAGAAUUUGACGUCGUAAAAGUAAUAUGUAACAUUCAGGUGCUAAUGGGUUGAAGUUACAAUGUUUUUUUUUUUUUUUUUUUAAUGUUCGAAAUUGAUCGACAAUCUCUUUUUUAUCUUCAAUAUAUUUUUCAUGUUCUUAUUUUAUGACUAUAAAACAAAUUUGUUUUAAUUUGCUUAUUUAAAAAAGGAAAUAAUGAUUUAAAUAGAUCAAAAUACAUUAAUUUCUAAACGUGCAUUUAAUAAAAUCUGUGAAUUUGAGAGUUAGGACUAGACUGAUUUUGUGCAGCUUUAGCCAUUUACUGAGAUACGUGUCACGCGUGCGGUCAUUCAAACUUUACAAUCUAAUAAAUUUUUAGCACUUUGACCCACUGGCACCUGAAUGUUACAUAUUACUUUUACGAUAUCAAACCCUGUAUCUCAGUAUCAAGCUUUCCAAAAUCCGCGAGAUAUGUAUCCUGGAUCUUUCCUUGUGAGAAUCACAUUGUUGAUUGCGAUCCCCCCUUAAAUAAUAGGUUGCAUUUUUUUAACGUUGUUAGACGCUCCGGGGCGUCGCGAUGGCGUCCCGCGGGUGGAUGAUGUUCCUUUAAAUGUAGCGAGGUUGAGCGACACAUAUUGUUCUACGCAGAGAGAAUACGUACGUUAGAUAUAUACGUUAUAUAGCCACAUUGCUCAUUCCGUGCAGAAGUGAUCCCACCCUCCCCCGUUUGCCUCCCCCGCGAAGAAGGGAGAGGCAACUCAACUCGGUUCGCUGCGUAUACGCUGGCCAAGGGCUCAACCAUCCAUAGAUAUUAUAUUUUUUACAGAAGUGUUCAUAGAUUGAGCCAACUUGGCGCGGCCGCCGACACGACGUGCCACACGGCCUCCCCCUCUCCUCGGCGCUCUGCGAAGGCGAUUAAUUAAAGAAGAAAAAAAAAGAAAAAAUGUGAUAAUGAUUAUUCAUGAAAUAAUAGUUAAAGAGAAACUUAAACAAAAUAGCACAAUCGCUGGGCAUUAUUUACAAAGUGCUAGCAAGCCUAAUGUCAGCAGCCUUGUCGUAUUUGGUAUUUAAAAGAAAAAAAAAAUGAAGUUGAAAAAUGCCGAAUUGCGGACGGAUUUUUUCGCGCGGAGCCCAACCAACGCCCCGGGAGAGACGCGCGCGCAUUAUCGAUACGGAAUUAAUUCCCGGGCGCGCGCGUGGAGAAAGAGAGGGACAUGGAAGAGAGGAAAAAAAAAUAAUCAGGAUUGAGAGAGACGUGGGAGUCUCGACGGAAUUUGUCCGACGUUCGGCUUCCUCAUACUCCAUUGCAUAGACGAUAAUUUUGUGAAGCACACCUACGGCCGGCGCGAACCGCGAGCCCGAAAAAGAAAAAAGAAAAGAAAUAUAUACAUAUAUAUAUGUACAUGUCGAUCAGCAUGCUUUCAUACUCCGCCUCCCGUCAGGAUUUCGAUUACUGCCGAUAACAAUAAUUCUGCAAUAGGCCUGUAACACACCGAAACUUUUGUAUACGUAUAUUAAAUGAUACACACAUACACACGCGCAGCUUUCUUCCGGGCUCGCGGUCGCAAGUGCGGUAGGCGCGCGAAAAAGGAGUAAUUCAUACGACACACAACAUAUCCACACACGCAACAUAUAGCAGCAAGGUAAUAGGAUUACAUUGAAUACACUACCUCAAAUCAAUAGUAAUAUGGAUUUACAG